AUGAGUAAUAAAGAUAUUGAAGAGUAUAAUGCUUUGACAUCUACUUUAAAUUCAUAUUAUCAAUUUUAUAAUUAUCAAUCUGAUCAAAUUAUUAAACCAAGAUUAUUAAAAUUUAAAACAUUAACUGAUGAUGAAAAAGAAUUGAUUCCGUGGUAUGAACAAUAUACAUCAAAUUUAAAACAAUGUUUAGAAAUGAAUAGGGAAUUUACAACUGGUUUAUCACUUAAUAUAGCUAAAGAUUGGGGAGUUUUAAAUCCACCAAAUGAAUGGGCUCAAGCCACAACUAAAGAAUUUGAAAUUACGGCUGCUUGUUUAUUACAAUUAAUGAGAGAAUGGUCGGAUGAAGGAAAAGCGGAAAGAGAUAUUUCAUUUAAACUUAUUUUGAAAGAAUUGGAGGAGUUGUUUCCAGAUUUAAAUUCUAGACCAAAUGUGAAAAUACUCGUACCUGGUUGUGGAUUAGGUAGAUUAGUUUUAGAAUUAGUCAUGCUUGGUUUUUUCACUCAAGGUAAUGAAAUAAGUUAUCAUAUGUUAUUAACAAGUAACUUUGUACUCAAUUAUUGUCAAUAUGCUCAUAGCUUUUCAAUAUUCCCAUUCUUGUUUAAGUCUAGUCACUUAAUUAAAAGAAAUUAUCAAAUUAGACCAGUUACAAUACCUGAUGUAUCACCAUUUAUAAUUAAUGAAUUACAAGAAAGAAAUCCAAAUAUUCCAUAUGCUGAAUUAAUGUCAAUUAUAGCUGGUUCAUUUAUUGAUUUAUAUGGACCAAAUUCAAAUGAUGAUAAAUUUAAAACUAAACAAAGUUUUGAUAUCGUAGUGACGAAUUUUUUCCUUGAUACAGCUAGUAAUAUAAUUCAAUAUAUCAAAACAAUACAUUAUGUUUUAAAAUCUGGAGGGAAAUGGAUUAAUUUUGGACCUUGGUUAUGGCAUUUCGAAAGUGAUUAUAAUGUUACAUUUGCAGAGGGUUUAAAUAAUGAUGGUGAAAGGAUACCUAAUAUUAAUAAAGGUUUAGAAUUAUCAAGAGAAGAUGUUAUUGAAUUGGUUAAAAAUAUGGGGUUUAAUUUUAUUAAACAUGAAUCGGAUAUAAAAUCAACAUAUUGUAAAGAUAUUAAAUCCUUGGGUUCAUUUGAAUAUAGUUGUGAUUUUUGGGUAUGUGAAAAAAUAGACAAAUAG